GAUUUGUCUGUCUUUCUGUCACUGGUUCGCUCUCUCUCAUUCAUUCCUACACACAGGCUCACACACCUCCUCUCUCCUUUCUUUCUCUCUCUCAGAAUGACGAUUCUGGGUACAGCUUUUGGUAUGGUUUUCUAUUUACUUCAAGCCGUUUCUGGAGAAAGUGGCUAUGCACAGAAUGGAGAGUUUGAAGACGCCGAGCUGGAUGACUAUUCAUUCUCUUGCUACAGUCAGUUGGAAGUGGAUGGAACCCAGCACUUGCUGACCUGUGCUUUUGAUGACCCGGACAUCAACAGCACCAAUCUGGAAUUUGAAAUAUGUGAAGCCCUUUUGAAUGUAAAAUGCCUGACUUUUGAUAAACUGCAAGACAUGUAUUUCAUUAAGACAAAGAAAUUCUUACUCAUUGGAGACAGCGAAAUAUAUGUGAAGCUUGGAGGAAGGAACAUAACUUCCAAGAAAUUGAACAUAGUCGAGAUAGUUAAACCUGAGGCUCCUUUUGACGUAAGAGUCAUCUAUCGCAAAGGAGCAAAUGACUUUCUAGUGACAUUUAACACAUCUCAUUCACAAAAGAAGUAUGUGAAAGAAUUAAUGCAUGAAGUAGCCUAUCGCCAGGAAAAAAAGGAAAAUGACUGGAUGCGUGUGAACUUAUCCAGUACAAAGCUGACACUCCUACAGAGAAAGCUACAACCUGAUGCAAUGUAUGAGAUUAAAGUCCGGUCCAUCCCUAAUGCCAACUAUUUUCAAGGCUUCUGGAGUGAAUGGAGUCCAACCUUCCACUUCAGAACUCCAGAGAUCACAGGGAGGAUGGAUCCUGUUUUACUAACUAUUAGCAUUCUGAGUUUCUUCUCUGUGGCUCUGAUGGUCAUCUUGGCCUGUGCAUUAUGGAAAAAAAGAAUUAAACCUAUUGUGUGGCCCAGUCUCCCCGAUCAUAAGAAGACUCUGGAACAACUGUGCAAGAAACCAAAAAAGAAUUUGAAUGUGAGUUUCAAUCCUGAAAGCUUCCUGGACUGCCAGAUUCAUAAGGUGGAUGGCAUUCAAGCUAGAGAUGAAGCAGAAAGCUUUCUACAAGACACUGCUCCACAACUAGACGAGUCUGAAAAGCAGAGGCUUGGAGGGGGUAUGCAGGGACCCACCUGGCCAUCGGAGCAUGCAGUCAUCACCCCAAAAACUUUCAGAGGAGAUUCACCCUUCGGACGCCUGGCUGGGAGCAUCAGUAUGUGUGAGGCCCUUGUGCAACCCUCAUCCAGGUCCCCAGACUGCAGGGAAGGUGGCAAGAAUGGGCCUCAUGUGUACCAGGGCCUGCUGCUUGGCCCUGGAACUACAAACAGCACUGUGCCCGCUCCAUUUCCUUUCCAGUCAGGAAUCCCCACACUGAACCCAGCUGCCCAGGGACAGCCUGUGCUCACUUCCUUGGGAUCAAGUCAGGAGGAAGCAUAUGUCACCAUGUCCAGCUUCUACCAAAACCAGUGAAUUGUCAGAAACGCAGUACUGGAACCAUGAUGACAGACAAAGAUGAGUGAGCUCCUACUUACUUUCCCUUGCAGCACAAAGAAGACAAAAUUAAUGCCAGCCCUGCAUGCAAUCUACAGGAUUCGGAAACAUAGCUUGGACCACUCCUCCCUACUCCAGGGGCAUUUGGCUUGAGGCAGAAACACUCUGCUUUAGGCAAUCCAAGUUAUUCCAUUAUUUCAGAAAGAAAAAGAAGCAGGAAAGAAUGAAAUAAAGGGUGAAGGGGUGCGGGAGGCAGGCAGAGGAUAAGGGAAGAGAGAGGGAAAGGAGAACAGGGAUGGUAGCUACCAUUACUAGGACUCACUGUGUGUCCUGUGCUCUACACAGCUUGUCUCCCUGCAUCCUCACAGUAAUCCUGGGCACUGGCUCAAUUGUUAUUAUUAUUAUUAAUUAUUAUUCUCCUUUCUAAUAGAUGAUGAAACUGAGGCUUAGAGGCAUUAAGUAACUUGCCCAUUUUGUCCCCACUCAGCAUGGGGUUUGAUGGCCAGAGUCUAACUGUGGUCCCCCCCGCCUCCCCAAGCCAUGUGCCUUCCCCUUGACUACGGGCUGUCCCAUUCACAAGUGCCAAACCUCACUAAUAAUGAACGGGGAUGGCUAUAUAAUUUAUUGUCCAAAUUGGGUCACUUUUGAACGUGAGAGGGGAAGUUAUAAAUACUCAUUCUAGGACAAGCAGCAUAAGCCAGGAGUUUCCCAGACACAUAAGGACAUGGCCACCAAAAAGAAAAGACUAAGAAAAAGAAAGGGUCCCAUAGUUUGUGAACUACCAUGGCCAGCCAUGUCUACAAAAACUGAAGAAGGCAAGAAAAAGCCACAAAUUCCAUUUGAUUUUGUUUUUAUGAAAAAGGAGAAGUCCACGAUUUCUGCUGUUACCAAGAGCAGGAUUCUUUUGCUACCACCACCCCGCAGCACCCAUCAAUAAUAGAAGAAUCUGUUGCCAGCUCUGGACACAGGUGCAUUUGAGCAACGAGCCAGGAAUAAACUUUCUGUGUGUGUCGAGAUUGCCCCCAACCCAAAUGUGUCUACAGACUGUCCUGAGUUUUAUGGCCUUGUAUCUUGCCAUGAGCUUCAGGGAGAACCGUAAGCACGUGCAGUGAGGGAGCUGACUUGGCCCUGUGCUUGAAGAUACAGAAGAUUUGGCAGGUGUCCUUUUGCAUUUCUUGGUCUAGAUGAAUUUCUAGUGACUCUCUCAAACCAAGGCAAGGCAGCUGAGCAAUUUCAGCCCGGGAGAGCACAGCGGAGGCCUCUCCCUCAGGCCCCCAGCCCCUGGAUACAUGCAGAGCCACACAGGGCAGCCGAGGCGCAGGAAGUCAGGAAGGGCAUAGGUUCAGGGUUUGGUUUGGUUUUGUUCAGGGGUUUAUCACUGUUGUUGUUGCUGAUAUUUUUGUAUCUUUUUGUUCUGUUUUUACUUUUUUAGGGGGUGACAUGUUUUUAAUUUUCUUGUUUGUUUUGUUUUGGGAUAUCUGGGAAGGGGGUUUUAAAUUUUAUCGAACAGAUCUUAUCUGCUGACUUAGAGGUCUAAUGAUAAUAAGAUCAUUUUUCUUCCCUUGGGCAUUGUACUUUCCAAAUCCUUUCCUCUGAAUCAGUAGUGAUGAAUAUAAUCUCACCUUCCCUUAGAUUUGUUUAGUGCUUUUGUGAUUUUCAAAGCCUUUCCAUAAGCAUUAUCUCUUUCAUUUCCUUGACAAGUAUUUAUGGAAAGCCUGCUAUGUCCCAACCACAGAGUUGGGCGGGGUGGAGCUAAGACAAAAAAGUUGGGGAACUCAAAAAGUGGAAAAUCUAAUGAAAGUGGCAGCUUUGUAAACAAAUGAUGAUAAUCACACAAAGUGCCGUAAUAGAGGCGUGUUCAAAGUGCCCUGUUGAAGACAAUCAGGGAAAAUGCCAAAAAAGUGAUACACAUCUACAUGGAGGAAAAGCAGAAUCUGCCUGGUGUGUCGACAGCAGAAGACAUUUUCCACCAGGUGGAUAUGUGCUCUUUACCUUUUGUAGAAAUGGGAACCAGGUCUCAAAGAGGAGGUCAUCACAGGAAACCUCAUGCCAACCUAGUUCUCUUGUACCUUACCACAGAGGUCCUAUGAGUGUGUGGUUAGCUUUGACUUAUGGGGAAAUUGGGGCACAGAAAGGACAGGUAAGUUAUUCCACCUUAGGUGUGAUGUCAGAACUGAAAGCCAGAAGUUUGUUUUCCUGGCAUAAUAGACAAUCUCUCAAAGAAUGAGGGGAUAAGUCUGGAGGAAGAUCCAAGUCACUCCAGCUCUAAAAUCCCGUAUUUCGGUAUUGUUGGGCACAGAUUAUCAUUUGAAUUUCGUGUGUGAAGGUCUGUCUGUUACUGGAGGGAUCUGAAAUCCAUGUAUCAUGCUCUUAUAAUCAUAUCUGCUGCUAAGGUGUGAUCUUCUACUCAAGGACAAGGUAUAAUGUCAGAUUACAAGUUUGUUCUGACCAACCUCCCUUUGGAUUUCAUUAAGAAGGAAAAGCUGGCGAGAGACGACGCAGAAGGCGGAGAUGUAAACAGCUAGUUCUACAUGGCAUGAAAUGAGAGCUGUUAAACAGGCAGCUCAUUUGGCCAAUUAAACAAUCCUGGCUGGAUCUAGGGAGCCUUGGCUUUUUCGACUGAUUUUCCGCUAGCCUUCGCCUCUCCCGUCAUUCUGGUUUCCAUGGAAACUGGCUUCAGAAAAGCCAAGUAUAGGCUAUUUCAGAUGUGCACCCUGUGUUUUCCUAGCACUUCUGGAGGGGCUGCAAGAUGGAACUGGCCAGGAAGAUGGUGAGACUAUGUGAUAAGACAACUGGAAUGGUACAGAUCAGAUAGCAUUGUGUUAGCUCAGUGGUUUUUCUUUGAUGUUAUUGUAAAAACUCUCCGGCAUUCACUACAGCGAAGGUCUCUGAUUUGACCAUGUACCUCCCACAUGCAUUACAAACAUUUCGCAGAGCUGCUAAGUAUAUCAGCAUCCAGUGUGUGUUACCAUCUCAUAUUUAAUAAAAUGCUAUGAAACUCUC